AUGCGCCCCAACACCAAUCGCGGCAGCUUGAAGUCUUUUUGGACUUCUAUAAGUCGAUUCUUCCGCAGCGUAGCCGUAUCUGUGAUUAGCACCUUUCAAGGUUUACAAAAUACCAUCAGCAAGAAAUACAAGGCGUACAAAAGCAGAACCUCUCCUCAAAGACCGCCGCUACUUCUCACAGAAUGGGGCAUGAUCCUUCAGCUUGUUUGUCAGGUCAUCAUAAUUACCACCAUCUCCGUGCUAUGGCAUAUAUCGAAUACAAAUAAUGGACUGGUUACUGUGGGAGACAAUCCUGACCCUUCGUUUGACUCAAAAGGAUUCCAUCCUCCUCCAAUUCUUAGCUCUUCUAUUGUUUGGACUGCUGUCCCGGCUUGGAUCAUGUCGGCUUAUUCCUCUCUAUGGUCUGCGAUGCUUGAUUCGUUAAAAAAGGUCUAUCUUCUUCUCGAACUUGAUAAAGAAAAUCAAAGACCUCUACCGGGCGUUGAAUUCUUCAAGCAGGCUUGGAGACUACACUUUCAUCAUCAGUCCCCCCAUUCUCAGUCUACCCCGCAAAACAAAGGCUCUACGAUUGCAAAGACCUUGCUACUGGACUAUGGGGAGUGGCCUGUUAUAAACGGCUUUCGGGCCAUGCGGGCAGGUCAUGUUCUGUUGGGUAUAUGUCUCCUUCUACGAGCAGCGCUCUGGACUGCAGGAGGUCUCACUGCAGCAAUCUUUGCGACAACUCUGGUGCCUUCCAAGACGCCCGCCACUCUCUACAGUAUAAAAAGCUUUGAUGAAUACCUUGGUUGGGACGAGGGCAAAGGUACUGGCAACUCAUCAGUAACACCAGCAUUCGACAUCGUAAGUGCUACGGUUUUAAGAAAUGGAGACAAUUAUCCUUGGACAACAGAUACACAUUCUUUCCUGCCAUCUGUCCCUGUUUCUAAGGACUUCCGUGGAAAUUACACCUUCGACACUGAGGCGUACUCCGCGAAUGUUGAUUGCACGAUCGCGACAGAAGACGAUCUAGUCAAGAUCGGGGGGGUGAGUCUUGAUCUCGAGGAGGACGACGACCUGGAUUCUGCUCAAAUUCGUUUCGGCUUCAAGCAUGAAGGCUGUGAUGUCAACAAGUGGUUCACCCUGACCAAUAACACCCUGCAGUACGCGAGAACGUGGUCUACUGACUGCGGCCUGAGAAGCGGCCGAGCAAGAUUCGGAAUGUUCUCGGGGAUCUACAACGCAACCGAGCGAUUUCAUUUAUCCAACCUGACAGUUGUGACUUGUCGGCCCCAGAUUUACAAGUCCAAUGUCACGCUGGAAAUGUCGUUUCUUAAUGACACCGCAACUCCCAAGGUGAUCAAAGUCUCGGAGACCAGUAAACAGCAGUUCUGGCCUUUUUUCAUCUCUAGUUGGCUGCGAAACAUCCCUCGAUACUCACUUUUCGAUCCUACUAUAUACAACGAUAUGGAUACCUUCUCACGUCUGGUCAUCGGACAUGCCUCCAGGGAGGCAACUCUUGACACUUUGCCCGACAAACAAAAGAUUACCAAUUCCUUCAACGUCAUCUUUGCCGCUCUGUUUUCCAACUUCGUGACAUUGGAAGGUUACUCCAGUGCACAAAGGCGCGAAGUAACCGGUACCAUGUCCCGGUUGAGGCUUCGAUUGUUUGUGGUCAAGUCUGCGGCGUUAGCUACUGUGGUUACCCUUGCCGUCACUUUCGUCACUACAGUGAUUCUGGCACUUUACCUACACCGCAACCGACAUAUUACCAGUCUGUACAUGGAUCUCUUACUGGGCACCGCCAUACUGCUACGGAAUAGUAGUUCGACCGGGCUUGACAGUUACUUGAACGACCGAGUAGUUUCGAAUAAUGCCGCUAGCUCGGGGACUCAUGGAAACAAUCUUGUGGAAGCAGAGAAGAGGAAGUCGGAUCUGAAAAGUCGUGAAGUAUGGGUAGAAGGAACACCCAGGACUUUGCAUAUAAAGUGGCCAUAA